CGCCGCUGUGCCGCGGCGCCUCCGGAGCGGCUGGCUGCGGGCUGCCCCUGCCCCGCUCCCGGCGCUGCCCGCGGCGGGGCGGGCGGGCACAGCGGCGAGCCGAGGCGACCCAGGGAGCGGCCCGCCGCCCCCGGGGAAGGCUCUGCUCCGGGGAGCAGCGGGGGGAGGCGGCUGGCACAGGCGCCGGAGCUCCGCCGCCCGCCCCCCGGCACCGCCGCCGUCUGCCCAGCGCCGGCAGCCCCGGGAGAUGGUGACACAUGAAGCGUGCGGGAAGGACCAUGGUUGAGAGGACCAGCAAGUUCUUGCUGAUCGUGGCCGUCUCGGUGUGCUUCAUGCUUAUCCUGUACCAGUACGUGGGGCCGGGGCUGAGCCUGGGUUCCCCCAGCGGCCGCUCCUACUCGGAGGAGCUGGACCUCUUUCCCACGCCGGACCCGCACUACGUGAAGAAGUACUACUUCCCCGUGCGGGAGCUGGAGCGGGAGCUCGCCUUCGACAUGAAGGGCGAGGACGUGAUCGUCUUCCUGCACAUCCAGAAGACCGGCGGCACCACCUUCGGCCGCCACCUGGUGCAAAACGUGCGGCUGGAGGUGCCCUGCGACUGCCGGCCCGGGCAGAAGAAGUGCACCUGCUACCGCCCCAACCGCCGGGAGACCUGGCUCUUCUCCCGCUUCUCCACGGGCUGGAGCUGCGGGCUGCACGCCGACUGGACCGAGCUCACCAACUGCGUGCCCGGAGUGCUGGACCGCCGGGAGAGCGCCGCCGCCAAGACGCCCAGAAAAUUUUACUACAUCACGCUGCUGAGAGACCCUGUAUCUCGUUACCUCAGCGAAUGGCGUCACGUCCAACGAGGAGCCACUUGGAAGACCUCCUUGCACAUGUGUGAUGGCAGGACACCAACUCCUGAAGAGCUGCCAUCAUGCUAUGAAGGCACAGACUGGUCGGGCUGCACACUGCAGGAGUUCAUGGAUUGCCCCUAUAACUUGGCCAACAACCGCCAAGUGAGGAUGUUGGCUGACUUGAGCUUGGUGGGCUGCUACAACAUGUCCUUCAUCCCAGAGAACAAGCGAGCACAGAUCCUGCUGGAGAGCGCAAAAAAAAACCUCAAAGACAUGGCCUUCUUCGGCCUGACAGAGUUCCAGAGAAAGACUCAGUACCUGUUUGAGAGAACUUUUAACCUGAAAUUCAUCCGGCCCUUUAUGCAGUACAACAGCACCAGGGCAGGGGGGGUGGAGGUGGACAAUGACACCAUCCGCAGGAUCGAAGAGCUCAAUGACUUGGACAUGCAGCUCUAUGACUAUGCAAAGGACCUCUUCCAACAGCGCUACCAGUACAAACGGCAGCUGGAGAGGAUGGAGCAGAGGAUAAAGAAUCGGGAAGAGAGGCUUCUUCACCGGUCCAAUGAAGCACUUCCCAAGGAAGAGACCGAAGAGCAAGGACGUUUGCCCACUGAGGACUACAUGAGCCAUAUUAUAGAGAAGUGGUAGCCUAGGCAGACUUUUAUAUUAAUGAUAUUCUAGGGUUUCCAUAUAAGAGAUCAUGGAAGUAAAAUUGCAAAAACAACAAAAAAAUAUUUUAUUUAAAAGCAAGUCUGUAAAACAGAAGAUAGAUUGCUUCCUUAAGCAUAGGGUCUUUUUACUGUUUCUUACAAGACCGAUGAGAUUCUUAAAAAAAAACAAUAAAUACAUAAAAAUAAAAAAAAGGGUCAACAUUCUAAUGCAGAGGUAAAAAAUGCACAAAUGCAGUUACCCACUUGUAAGGCCAAAUACAGAAGAAUGUUUCUUAUCCUCACAAUUCAAACACAAAUGGCAGAAGUAGGAUUUUUAAAAAUCUAUUUAUUCCCUGAGCAUAAUGAUAUAAAGACACAUAAUUAAAAAACAAGGGAACUGAGGUUUUCUUCUGUGUGGGAGGCGGGAUAGGAAUUGUGUUGUUUGUAACUGAUAAUGGUGACUGAGUUGAGGAUGUGCUCUCCUGUCAGGCUGAUCUGAGCACACGGGCAGUCACAGUGUGUCAGCUGGCAGCCACUGCCAGAACGUAGAGCACCAUAAAAACAAAAGAAGAAGAAAAAUAGCUAGAGGAUGAGAAACAUUAAAGCAAAUUGACUAUGGCCUGGGAUAUGUACUUAGCACAGUGGUUUUGAUACAUUGCACUGGUAUCACAUGUACAUAUGCAACUUCAUCCCAAAAAUAAUAGAGAAUUCAUGCACAGAGCUCCCAGAUUUGUUUCCCAGACAGGUCCCAAAACAAGAUAAAAGCCAACGAAAUUCCACAUGGGCUCAAACAUGCACUCACAUACCAUCCUGUCACCCUACACCAGUGCUGCUCAUGCCGUCAUCAGUAUUAUGUGUUAACAGCACAUGGAAACCCUAUCCUACAUACUGAGGAAAAGGAAGAUGAAUUUAAACACUCCCUCAUAAAUCUGCACAACAAGGUUCCAGGAAGACCCUGCAAAUGAUCAGUCAUUAAUGGGAACAUGACGGGGGUGUGAUUUUGUUGUUUGUUGCUAUGUGAAAUACUGACCCAGAAUAAGCAUACAGAUGUACCCUAUCUGUAUUUUUACAGUUAUUUUUACUUGCUUUUAUCAAGAGAUAAUGGGCAUCAGCUUGCUUCCAGUGAAGUCAGUAGAACUGAUUUAAGUGGGAACAGGAUGGAGCUCUCUUCCAGAGCUGUGAAAAUUUCUGACUAUAGGUCUGAAUUAAUUAUGACACGGUGCACAUUGUCUUUUGGCAGGGUGCCUGUUCUGCAGCUCUUACUUUAAAUGAACAAGCUGUGUUCAUAAAACUGGAAAGGAGAAUCAUGGAUAAUGUUUUUUUAGUCUCAGACCACUCUCAAAGCAGAACUCUUUCUCUUUCAAUGCUGUUUUUUAGAGGCUCAUGUAGGUUUAAUCCUCCAGUGUGGGGACAGUCUAACCAGGUUCUGCUUACUGACUUUUGAGUCAUAGAACAACAAUGACUUCUCUAAUUCCUCUUCCCACUCACCAAAUUAAAGUAUGGCUUAUUUUUUUGCUGUUGCAAGCACUUCUCUCUUUGGCUGAAAGCAUGGAAAUGUAGUUUUUGCCUGGUUCAUGUCUCACCCCGUUAUUGCUCAGCCUGUAAGACCUGAACCAGCUAUCGUUUAGGGCAAACUCUGAACCAAAUGGAAUAUGAUUUGAUUUUCAAAGGCCGUGUUAACUGCAAAUCAAAUAUGGCAUUGAAAUCACUGGAGGAGAGGCAGAGAGCUGAUGCAUUCAAAUUUACCAUGUCAUUUUUACAGCAUCCCUUUCCCAUCACACAAAUCCACUGAUGUGCUGCUUGGUUUGUAUUUUAAUUCUCUCUCUGCCUCUGUACAUUGUUUCCAACAGUUUCAAAUUCAGACUGAAUUUUGCAAAAGAGGGGCUUUGUUCUUCUGUGCACACCCUGGGGGAUACACCUUACUUUUGGAGAUGUUCUUCUCCAGAAGAGUAAAGACGACUGAAAACUUGAGAACAGAAAAUACAAACAGCACUUUGGGCUCAAUUACAGCCCUGUUAAGCCCUGAGCCAAAGUCUACCAAAGUCAAAGGAUGUCUUUCCUAUUGAUUUCAGAUGGAUUUUGGUCAGGUCUGCAUCCUGCUGCUGCCAAGUGCUCAAGCACAUGCUCUCCUGUCUGCAGGCACAGUGGGACGUUGUUACUCACGCCUUCAGCUGGUACCAGAAUGUGCUGGUGGUGUCGAUGUCUUUAAGGUUGUGUCAGUACUUCUGCCACAAAAUGGCCCCUGUUUCCUCCUAGGUGAAAAUUGGGAAGCAAAAUGAAGUAGUAUUUGGUGGUUGGCUUGGGGGCAGAAGGUAUUACAACUCCAUUUGCUCAUCUCUUGAUUCCAAGGCUGGGAGAAGCUAUGUCUGCUACUUCCCAGCGCUUUUAUGUGUCACUGUAACUAAAGAAAACAUUUGUAUUUUAAAAAUGCAGUUUUGCAGGCUGUUUACCCACAAAACCAAUACACGAGAUAUAAAAAGCAACUGUUCAUGUGCACAGUUUGCAGCUUUGCCCAGAGGCGUUUCGCUGUGUGUCCUGUGUGACGGAUCCAUAAUGCACAAGUGGUUACUGCAACUCGUCCCUGUCCACGUGGCACUGUCGGGACUGUGUCGUGAUUAGGCCUGAGCUGUUUCUGUGUUACAGGCUCUGAGUAACCAGCUGGAUGUUAAUGGAUCUGUCUGCAGGGUUGUCUGAAUCAGAGGCAGCCUCUGACCUUAAAAGCAUGUCAGUAGAAGACCUUGUUCCAACAUUUUCUUUGUAAUAUAUUGCAGUAACAAGCAAAAGAAAUGAAACUAUAUUGAAAACUGUCUUGUUAACAGUUUUACUUCAACCCACAAAAGGAGGGCUAACCUCACUUGAGCACUGAGGCAGAACUUUCUAGAUUUAAAUCCUGCACCCAACACAUGCCUCAGUUUCUCCACCUGUACAUUGGGAAUAACAAAUUUAUAGACUCUAAGAAGGUACUCCAAAGUAUGAAAAAUAUAGGGCAUUUUGAAACAGAUCCUAAAUAAUGGAAAGGAAGAGAAUGGCCCAAAAGCCAUCCCUCACCCUGGCUGUUGUGCUGAUCCAGUCAUGGCUGUAGGCCAUGAAUUAAUUUAUUCUAAGUGCUGUGUGCCAGAGCACGGGUUGCAGGAUGUACCUGGCACUAUCUUCCUCCUUUAGUGGGUUCAAGGGAACUUUUUUAACAUAAUGUGAAUGUAGUUUUUGUGGUUUAUAUGUACCACAGUUUGAAGUGGUACUAUUUCUUUUAUUUUUAGGAUUGAUAAUUUGAUGCUACAAUAACAUGGAAAAUGUGUGUGUAGUUUUAAAAUUAAUGGAGACCAACAGCUUUAAGGCACUCCAGCAGAAGUAGUGGCCAGAUAGUACAUUCUUGUUCAAUAUCUGCCCCUUUCUUCCAAAAUGUUUUUCCCGUGACUUACGGACACAUCAAGAUCAUCUUCACUACAGGAAGUGUUUCUUCAGGGGUUGUCAAUGCAUCAUGACCCAGGUCAGACCAGGUGAGCACUGGAGUGCUGAGGGCAGGUGCACGAUUGCCACCUGUCUCUUGGGGAGUUGGUGAGGCAGUUCCCCCUGAAUUCAGAUUUUACUUAGUUGGAUGCUUAUCCAUCCCACAGGGAUACCCCCUGGAAAGCCUCCACGGAAGCUGGGGCUGUGUGAGAUGUUUCUGAGGGUUUAUGCAGUGAGCAGUGUUAGUGUGAGCGAGCAGUUUGGGCAGGCAGCUCUCAGGGCACAGAUGAUGGAUGGCCCCUGGGCUCUGCCAUCUUGCACUGUGCUGACCCUGUACAUCCACAGAAGGGGAUGGGGAGUGGGGAUUUCUGAGCAGACUCCAUUCCUGCUCUAAGCAGGUGGAAAGGCCAAGACAUGCUGCAGUGCUAAGAAGAUCUUCUUUGCUUUUAGUCACCUAAACGGUGUAAACUUCACUGCUUGGUGGCUGUUGUUGCUGAAGAAAAGUUUUUAUUGCUGAUUGGCCUCAUCCCAGCUAGCUCUCUUGAAGGAGUUUGCCUUCUCCAAAAUUUUCCAGACAGUCAGGUGCCAUCUUGUACCCUGCCUGGGUCACAAAAUGCAGGAUUGACUGGUGAGGUUGCCAACCCAGACUAUCAAAAUUGUAAAAAAAGUACUUCAUCAAAGGAUCAGUGUGAAUUUCUGGCUUGUCUGAAUUUCUCCCUUCAUGCCCAAUAUUUUGGAAUAAAUGAGAAGGACUUCACAGGUUGAUGUUUUUGCACUCCAUAGUCCCUUACUUACAAAACUAGGAUGGCAAUGGAAGCAGCAUAAGGAAGAUCCCAACAAGGUUUUGCAUCCUCUCUCCCAAGACUGUCCUGUUGGAGCACGAAAGAGCAGUGCAGUUGCAGAGAGUGUGAGCAAGGCAGGAGGACACCACAGUGGCAGUACAGACAAUUAGGAAGUUUUCAAUUCUGAGCCCAUCAAGUCACUUCAUAGAGAUCACUGGACAGCUACAGGAGGUAAUGAUUACAGCACUAAACAUGUAAACAUUACAGCACAGGGCCUGGCUCAGAUUCAUAUCCUGGGGUUAAAGCAUCUCUAGCUUCUUACUGGUGGUGUUACUCAGAACCCCUCCUGUCCCACAGAAUUUUCCAAACGUCACAAAAAAAGGGUAAUGCUACAGGAAUUCACCACCCAAACUAUGCUAAAUGUUGUAUUCCCAGGGCUAUAGCUUGGAAUACAACUGGCACUACCUGCUGGAUUCAAAUCACAGGACUGGCUGCGUUCUCUUUUUGUUCUUGUUUUCACUAAUCUUAGCAGAUCAUGUUCCAGAGGCAGAAGUGAACACAGGAUUCUCUGCCUGAUCAGGAGUAGAGCCAAGCCUUUAUAGCACAGGUCAGUGAGCAGCAGCUCAGGUAAACCAGGGUGCAGCAGAGCUCAUGCCUGUGCACACAGUCCCAGCUCUCCGUGGCUGUUUUGCCCCAGCCACAGGAGUUGUGCCAAGGUGAGUGCAGCCCGGAGAAGCACGUGGGUGUUAAAGCCUGUGUCAUCCCAGCUGCAGGCAGUUUUCUCUGUAAUUCUUAGCCAUGCAAGCUGAAAAAAACAAGAUUUGCAAAUGAGUCUGUCUCCUCAAAGCCCCACAACUCCCCCUCCCCGUUUUCCCCCAGGUGUCAGUUCUGCAGACUGGAUUGAGAGAGUUGUACUAUAAUGAAUAAUUUUAUAUUCAAAUGGUUUACUGAGCAUGAUUUGUUUUGUACAUAUUGGAAUAUGAUUUAACUUAUUUUUAUUGCCCCUUUUAAUCUUUUUUUUUUCAUAAGGACGAGACAAAAGUCCCCACCCUCUCUCAAUGUGAACUUCCUCUGUGUAUAUGUGUAGUCUGCCAGGCAAACACACAAUAGCCACAGGAUUUUUCUCCAUCUCCAUUGGUAUCUGAUUUUAUUUUCCAUUGUAAUUUCUUUUCAUCUGAGGCUUUGCUUAUAUUGUCUCUUCUUUCCUCUCUGCUGCACAAUCUGCACUGAAGGGGCAAUGCAGGCAGGAUUUUCUUUUUCUUCCUCUCCUCUUUUUUGUGUGCUUUACCUACCAAGGAACUCAGUUCUUCUAGGAGUUGUGUGACUGAGGGUAAAAAAAUACAGCUUUUCCCCACCUACCUUCCAUCCUCCAUAUUGUAGAUCAAACAGAUUCAGCUUCUCUGAAAGUGAUUGUGGCUGGAGUCAUUCCAUUGAGCUGAAUAUGUAUGGUUUGCACUUUUUUCCCCCACUUCAGGAACUUAAAAACAAGAAAAAAUAAAAGGCAAAUUUUAACUUGAGCCAAGUAACACUUAAAGCUUUAUAUAUUUAUUUAUGACAUCUUACAAAAAGUGUUAAAAUGUUUUCUUCUUUUCUUCCACAAGAAAAAUUGAAUUAAAAAUCAUCAAAAUUGUUUUGUCUAGAUCAAGAAUGAAUGUUAGCAGAUGAAAUAAACCCUAAAAUUGAG